AUGAGCCAAGAAAUCCUUGUCACUACGGAUGAUCUGGGAGUCCCGACUCUCCGCCUGUACGAUCCAUCCAACGACGGAACGCCCACUGGAGACAUAUCAUCUGAGACCAUCAAAGAUAUCUCACCUCAAUCCACGUUUGUCUUCACUGACCCCGAUAAUCUCGGUUCCAUCUUCCGCAAUGCCGAGACUCACGAACAAAUCGCCAACCACAUGCGGCGACUCCGACUGGUCAUCUUAAACUCAAUUGCAGACGCCGCGCUCACUCACACGGAGGAAGAAGGCGGCGUUGACGGCCCACACAUAUCGCCCCUUAUCGACAAAUGGUGGGUCGCAUGUCGGGCCAUCCCAAGAGGUCAUGCGAUCGAGCAUGUGAUCUUCGAUCUGUCUUUUCCACGGCAAAUCGCCAAAAGGGAGAUUGUGAGGCUUCUACAGGGAAUGAGCACGACUAUGUCAAUGAAAUCGAGUGGAAAGUUUGAAUGCUACACUGAAGGUGACCUUGAAAGAAAGGCCUGGUUGGAGAAAAGCCUGGUGGGUUUGAAGAAGUCAGAGGACUAG